AUGCGGCAAGAGACCAGCUUCUCUGAUGAGCUUAUUGGGCUAGAAGAAAUGGCACAAACGGUCCAGAAUAACAUCCGAGCUCUAGCGGCCAAGGUCAAAGACGAUUACCCAAGAAUUAAAGAGGGUGAUCUCCAGAAGGCCAAGGACUGUGAACCUGGUCAUCUCAGCCUUGAGAUUCCGUCUGGCGACGAGCCUUGGAUCAAGAUCAAGUGCAGCGUUGCUGGACGAGCUUUCAGUUUUAGACAACUCGGCUUAUUGAUGGUGAUGAUUGCAACGUCCGGCUUUCAUCUAUUGUGA